AUGGCCGAACAUAAAAGAACAGCUAUCCUUUCUGUUUACGACAAGACUGGGCUUCUAGAUUUGGUCAAAGGUCUUACGCAGAAUGGCGUCAGAUUACUUGCCUCUGGUGGCACAGCAAAACUGAUUAGGGAAAGUGGUUUCAAUGUUGAAGAUGUUUCCAGCAUCACCCACGCUCCAGAGAUGCUUGGUGGAAGGGUAAAGACUUUACAUCCUGCUGUUCACGCUGGUAUUUUGGCUAGAAACUUGGAAAGUGAUGAGAAAGAUCUGGCCGAACAGAACAUUGAAAAAGUGGACUUCGUCGUCUGCAACCUGUACCCAUUCAAGUCUACUAUCAGUAAGAUUGGUGUUACCAUCGAUGAAGCCGUUGAAGAAAUCGACAUUGGUGGUGUAACCUUAUUGAGAGCUGCUGCAAAAAACCACUCUAGAGUCACUAUCUUGUCAGAUCCUAAUGAUUACUCUAAGUUCUUGGAGGAGUUGAAAGAAAAGGGUGAGGUGUCUUCCGAAUCUAGAAACAGAUUUGCCCUGAAGGCAUUUGAGCACACUGCUGAUUAUGAUGCCACUAUUUCUGAUUACUUUAGAAAGCAAUAUAGUGAGAACAUCUCCCAGUUGCCCCUAAGAUAUGGAGCAAACCCUCACCAGAAACCUGCCCAGGCUUUCGUUACACAAGGUGACUUGCCAUUCACUGUUUUAUCCGGCUCCCCAGGGUACAUUAACCUGCUGGAUGCUUUGAACUCAUGGCCAUUAGUCAAGGAGCUGUCUGCUUCUCUGAACUUGCCAGCUGCCGCCUCUUUCAAGCACGUUUCUCCCGCAGGUGCUGCCGUAGGUCUACCCCUCUCAGAUGUUGAAAAGGAAAUUUACUUCGUUAAGGAUAUUGAAAACUUGUCUCCAUUGGCCAAUGCCUACGCCAGAGCUAGAGGUGCUGACAGAAUGUCAUCUUUUGGUGAUUUCAUUGCUCUAUCAAAUAUUGUUGAUCUUCCAACUGCUCAAAUCAUCUCCAAAGAAGUCUCUGAUGGUGUUAUCGCUCCUGGCUACAAACCAGAUGCUCUUGAACUCUUGAAGAAGAAGAAGGGGGAAAAGCAGAGGCAGGUCUACGGUAUCACUUUACAGCAAAAGAGAAAUGAUGCUAUAAUCAACUCCUCUACUUUCAAAGAGAUUGUUUCCAAAAACAAGGAUCUUACUGAAAAGGCUAUUAUUGACUUGACUGUUGCAACGAUUGCACUGAAGUACACUCAAUCCAACUCUGUUUGUUACACCAAGAAUGGUAUGGUUAUCGGCUUGGGUGCUGGUCAGCAGUCAAGAAUUCAUUGCACUAGAUUAGCUGGUGACAAGGCUGACAACUGGUGGUUCCGUCAACACCCCAAAGUUUUGGGUUUCAAAUGGGCAAAAGGUGUUAAGAGACCUGAAAAAUCGAAUGCUAUUGAUUUGUUCGUUACCGGUCAGAUUCCAACCACUGAACCAGAGAAGUCUGAAUAUGAGUCCAAGUUUGCUGAGCUACCAGAACCUUUGACUAAAGAGGAGAGAGAUGAAUGGUUGUCCAAGUUGACCAACGUUUCUCUUUCUUCUGAUGCCUUCUUUCCAUUUCCAGAUAACGUCUAUAGAGCUGUCAGAUCUGGUGUUAAGUACAUUGCUGCCGCCUCUGGUUCUGUCAUGGACAGAGCAGUGUUUGCUGCUGCCGACUCUCACGAUAUUGUCUAUGUUGAGAAUCCUAUCCGUCUUUUCCACCAUUGA